AGUGUUAGCCGUUAGCCGCUGUUGUUAGAAGCUUACGUAAUGCACUUUAGUCAAGAACACACAAGAAAAAUACUAAACGAAACAGUGUACACGGCAUCUUAAAGUAAUGUUAACGAUUUAUUGGUUUCUCACAGUGUGUAUUCAUUCACAGGAUGGCACACUGGUUUCACAGAAACCCACUGAAGGCGACAGCUCCUGUGUCCUUUAACUUCUAUGGGGUGGCAGGGAGCCCGGCUGCCAAUAAGAUAUGCAAUGACCUGAGGACAACCAGAGCGAGGCUGCUGGAGAUGUUCACUGAUAUCACCUGCAAUCCUGAGAUCAUGAAGAAUGCCACAGAUGCAUACUUCUCCCUUCUUCAAGGCUUUAUCAUGCCUUUGGAUGGAACUACACAGGAGAACAAGAUGAGGUUCAUCCAGAACUUUAAGUGGACCGAUACCUUACAAGGAAACACGCCAAGUGCCCAGCAGGAUGCAGUCUUUGAACUGGUCUCCAUGGCCUUUAAUGUUGCUAUCUGGUACACAAAGUUUGCCUCAAGAAUGGCAGGGAAGGAAAAUGUAUCAGAGACAGAAGCGAAAGACGUUCACCGAAGCUUAAAGGUUGCUGCUGGAAUCUUCAAAAAUCUUAAGGAUGUCCACAUCCCUCGCCUCAUCACUCCAGCUGAAAAGGGCAGAGACCUGGAGCCCCGAGUCAUUGAUGCAUACAUCAUCCAGUGUCAGGCAGAAGCACAGGAAGUGACCAUUGCCAGAGCGAUUGAACUGAAACACAAUGCGACAAUCAUCGCAGCUUUGGCAUUUGAGACUGCAAACUUCUAUCAAAAAGCUGACCACACACUGAACACCUUGGAGCCAGAGUGCAGCAGCAAGUGGAGGAAGUAUCUCCAACUGAAGCAGCUCUUCUACAUGGCUUAUGCAUACUGCUAUCAUGGACAGACACUGCUGGCAAGUGACAAAUGUGGAGAAGCUAUCAGAUCUCUCCAGGAAGCAGAGAAAUGUUACUCCCGCGCUGAGUCACUGUGUAAAGAGUACCGUCAGACCAAAGGCCCGGGUACGACGGCCAAACCAUCGGAGCAGCUGUUCUUCCUCAAGCUGGGUGGCCUCAUUAAAAUGACGCUGGAGAAGUGCCAGAGAGAAAAUGGCUUCAUAUACUUCCAUAAAGUCCCGGCCGAGCCGCCGCAGCUGGACAUGAAGGCGAGCUACGGCCUGGCUGAGCCCGUCCCCUUUGAGCUGCCGCCUCUCAGUGAGCAGUGCACUCCUGAGGUCUACGCCACCUUUGAUCUGACAAAGGGAGCCAAAAACGACAAGGCCAAACCCAAGGAGGAGGAGGUGAAGCCAGUGAAGGAACCUGACUUGAAGCCUCAGAAGGACACAGGCUGCAUCCUCUCCUAAACUUUCCAUUUUCAGCCUGUUUCACGACAUCCAUUUACUUUCCUCACAUAACUCCAGAGAUGCUUUCUUGCAAUAUUUAGUCCUCAUGUUGUACAUUCAUUCUAGACAUGUAUAUUACAUUUAGCAGUUAUAACUGUGUCUAUGUCAGAGCCAGUUAUGUGACCAGAUACUCAAAAUGUCUCGCUCUGUGAGAAUCACUUUUAAUUAGGACAUGAAAAUAAAUAAGCCUUAUGGGUCCCAUGGUUGUGUCAGUGGUGCCUUCAGCUGCAUUGUAAACUGGUCGCUCUGAUUAUAGAUAACUCAGACAAUGGAAACUGACUUAUUAAAGAGGCUUAAAGUGGCCUCCUAAAACAUAAAAAUGCAGUAGGUAUUAAACUUUGAUAUUGAAUAGUUAGCACUACAUAUAAAUGCAAUGUAAUUAAUCCAAAAGAGUAAAUGUGGGAAACUGCACUCUGUCACUCUGCCUGUAUAUCUGGGAAUAAGAUAAUUGAAACUGUAAGUUUUUAAAUUGCAUUUUAUGUGUCCAGAACAUUGUCAUUUAAAUAUUUACACUGAUCAAUAGGAAUCCCAAUCAAUACUGGACAGACAGAAAGGACGGCACAUGAUUUUGCCGUUGAGUUUGGUUUUCUUUUAGCUGUAGUAGCAGUUUACAAUCAAUAUUUACAUCACGACUUAUGUAUUAUAGUUUUUGUACAUGACAUAGCUGUUUUCUACUUUGACUGUUCAUUUAAAGGAACUAUAUUAUUAUUAUUACCUGUGGCUGAAUCAUUCUUUAUCAGGUUGUGAAUUUGUGUCUGUUAUCCCUUAAAACUAUAGUUUUAAUUUAUUUGUGUUUGUGGUAAUUUAUCAGACAAUCCAAAACACUUCAGAGGGUAUAAAGUCCAAUCACGUUUUUGCUGGUGUUGGAGUCAAUCGUACUGUUUCAGUGUGUGAACUGAUGCACGAACAGCUUACUUUUGUUAGAUGUUCACGUGCUGUUGUCAAUAGUUGACAGUGUGCAGAAUGCAGGCCCUAUCAUUGACAUUUGUACCUUUGUGUGUGACUUGCUUUUGAAGAACUGCUUCAAGGAAGUUUCUUAUAUCCAUCAGACUCUAACAACUUCAAAAUAAAAGGUCUAAUAAAAAAUAAAACUUAAGUUACUAAUUACUGGAGAGACAAAACUGUAAUAUUCCCAACUCAUUUAACCUUGGUGUAUAUUUGCUUCCCUGAUCUCACCGUUGGACUUUUUAUUGAGUUGUGCACCUGUUUUCAUCCUUGUGCUUUUCUUUGCUUUGAUUAGACUGGAUGUCAUAACAUUUAAAGCGGUGAAUUUAUCCAGGAGGUGUGGCAGGACUCGGAUACGUUCCACAUCCUUUUCUAAGACAGCUGUUUGUCAUUCAGGUGUGCCACAUCACUGGUUUUACAUUGUGCACUCUUGCAGCUCUUUCCUCCUCUGAUGGUGUCUUUCAUGUAAAAGGUAUUUCAAAUGGUAUUAAAUAUUCCCUUAAAACUCA